GGUUCUGCUCCCUGAAGGGGUUGAUGCAGGCAUGAUUUCCCGCUUUAGCUUCUGUUUCCCAUAAUCUCUGAUGGUUGGCCAUCUUCACUUCCACCAUUUUGAUUGUCACGCCUUCUGCUCUUUGGAACGUUGGUUUCUUAAGACCAAAACUUUCAUCCCACAGUUGUCUUCAAUCCCCUGAACCCACUUUCUUUUUCCCUCCCCCCUACUUAUUUGUUAGUCCUUUUGAUACAAUUUUGUUAAAUCUUGGAUCCAUUUCUCAGUUCCUUUUUUGUGUGAAGACACCUCUUCCCUAGAGCUAUUUCUGUGCAAGUGAGCAAAGUCUCCUCACUUGUAUCCUUCAUAACAGAAAAUCAUCUAAGUGAAUCAGCUGUUGAUUGGUUUAUUUUCCUCAUCCUUUCUAAAGAUGGCAGUUAACGUGUAUUCCACCUCUGUGACGAGUGAUAACUUGAGUCGACAUGAUAUGCUCGCCUGGAUCAAUGAGUCUUUGCAGCUGAGCUUAACAAAGAUAGAGCAACUCUGCUCAGGUGCGGCGUAUUGUCAGUUUAUGGACAUGCUGUUCCCAGGUUCCGUAACACUCAAGAAAGUGAAAUUCCAAGCAAAGUUGGAACAUGAAUAUAUUCAGAAUUUCAAGGUCCUACAAGCAGGUUUUAAGCGAAUGGGUGUUGACAAAAUAAUACCUGUGGACAAAUUAGUGAAAGGGAAAUUCCAAGAUAAUUUUGAAUUUGUCCAAUGGUUCAAAAAGUUCUUUGACGCAAAUUAUGAUGGGAAGGACUAUGAUCCUGUGGCAGCUCGGCAAGGCCAGGAGACGGCCCCCGCCCCGGCCCUGGUGGUCCCUCUGUUGAACAAACCUAAGAAGAAUCUUGGCUCUGGUGGCACAGAUAACAGUUAUGUUCGAACUUCGGAACUGAAGGCAGCAAGAGCAGAUUCUCCUUCUGUAAAGAAAACGGCUACAAUCGCUCCCACAAGGCCCAUCGUAGCGCAGAGGACAGCGGUGGCCAAUAAAUCAGGACCCGGCAUGGUUAAAAAGGCUCCUGCGGGAAUCGGAGAGGAUGAGUCAGCUGAGUUGAUACAGCAGAUCAAUGUAUUAAAGAUGACUGUUGAAGAUUUGGAAAAGGAACGAGAUUUCUACUUCGGAAAACUGAGGAACAUCGAGCUGAUUUGCCAGGAGAACGAAGGCGAGAGCGACCCGGUUCUGCAAAGGAUUGUGGAAAUACUUUAUGCUACAGAUGAAGGCUUUGUGAUACCAGAUGAAGGAGCCCCACCGGAGGAGCAAGAGGAGUAUUAACGGUCCACCCACUGAACCAGCAGAGCAGCAGCAGCAGAGUCAGAAGUCAGAAAUCUUUGCCCCAAUCAUGUGCUUAUCUGUAAAAUACUCCAUUUUAUUCUUAGAGGACUCACUGGUUUCUUUUCAAAAGUAAAAAAAAAAAGUACCUCUCCAAGUG